CCCUAAUAAUAACAGCAAGAGAGGAAGAAUUGGUAACUCGAGAGACAGGGAGGGAGACGAUGAAGGGACGUUGCGCAAUCCGUCAGAUCCUGGCACGCCGAGGCGGCGGCUGGACUCGUUCGGUUUCAUCUCCUACUCCUCUGAGUGAAACCCUAGUUUCAAUUACUUGCAACACCGGAAGCACAAUGUCGCAACCCAAUUUUGUUACUUCGAAGUUUGUGUCUACCGGUGCCUACAUUUCUAACAACAUCACCAAUACCCAUUUUCAGUUCCGUAGAAACUUCUGCACUCCCCCACCCCCUCCUCCUAACCUGGUCCUUGUGUCGUCGGAGGAAGAGUUAAACAACUACUUUAAAAAAGUUCAAGAUGAAUCUGUGCCAGCAAUUUUCUACUUCACUGCAAAUUGGUGUGCACCCUGCAGACUUCUAGGUCCUAUCAUGGAAGUGUUUUGCAACAGAUACCCUCAUUUGACAACUUAUAAAAUUGACAUCGACAAGGAAGGCCUUGGAAGCGCAUUGGAAAAGUUAAAUGUCUCCUCUGUGCCUAGACUCCACUUCUAUCAAAAUGGUGAAAAGCGAGAGGAGAUUGUUGGAGCUGAUAUUGAACGCUUGAAGCACACUAUUGAAAAACUUUACACGAUUCAGCCGGCUGAAGACGCUGAUGGCAAAUGAUGAGAUAUUUAGUAUUAAAUGGAUUUUUGUCUGUUAGGCCUAUCUUUUUAGGUACAAAAGAGGCUAUUUAAAAUUUUUCAGAAAGACGGAGGCCUGAUUCUGGUACUAGAAAUUAUUAUAUAUGAAGUUUAAGAAUCUCGUUUGAGGAGAAAAUAAUGCGUUAUGCUGUUGUGCUUUUGAA